AUGUGUGUCCGCCUGUUGGAGACAGUUAAGAGAGAGCAUACGUACGACUUUGAAUCCUGCCACCUGUGGAGUGAUAGCAGCACAGUCCUUCAAUGGAUUCGAAGCGCAAGUCGUCGUCAUCCAACAUUUAUCGCUAAUCGCAUAUCCGAGAUCCAGGAUUCUACCGACCCCCUGCAGUGGCGACAUGUCCCCGGCCGUCUCAAUGUAGCUGACGAAGGCAGCCGUGGUCUGCACGCAGCUGAGCUCCACCCCGAAUGUCGAUGGUUGAACGGGCCGGCCUUCCUUUCUCAGCGCGAAGAAUUCUGGCCGACGGAAGCCAAAACGAACAACGAUACGCCAGAUGUAGUUGACCCAGAGUGGACUGGAGCGGCCCACCAAGCUCCGCACGUUUCCCUCGACCCCGCUCAUUUCUCCUCCUGGAACAAGCUGAUACGUACCACAGGCUGGAUCCUCCAAUUUAUCAGGAACUGUCAAAAACCACAGCAAGAGCGGCAGUUAGGAUUGAUCACCGUCGCAGAACACAACAAAGCCAGAGAUAUGUGGAUAAAGAGAGCCCAAAUCGAACAAUUUUCUCUCGAACUUCGUGGGCUACAGACCAAAACACCUAUCUCUCGACAAAGUCGAAUCUUGACCUUGACGCCGUUCCUCGAUGAGAAUGGCUUACUCCGGGCUGGUGGCCGGCUGUCCAAAGCUCCAGUUCCAUACUCUACGCGACAUCCAAUUAUCCUCCCGCAGAAGCAUGAUGUCACAAGGCUUAGGCUUAUCAUAACCCACUUCCACGAAAGUCUUUACCACGAAG